AUGCCCAAACAGCAAUUUGCAAGCGACAUAUCCAAGCAGCGGCUUCGGUCCAAGGCUUCGAUGUCCUCGCGGCCAGCAGCAUUGGCUGGCAGCAAAAGCACAAAGUCCAAGUCCAAACUGAAGCUCAAGUCUAGGUCUAAGAAGACAGUGACGCGCUCUCGAUCUUUGUGGCCGUCCGCAUCAAGGGCUUCCAAAGGCAGCCGUUCCCUGGGCAAACCCUUGACGAAGCUGCGUUCCAGAACCAACGCAAAAAAGCGGCUGCAGAAGAAGGCAGCAUCCUCGAUGCCACCGAAGGGGAUGAAGAAAAAGAGAAAGAAUGCAGCGGCGGCAGCCAAGAACAAGACGCCGUCCGUGAAGCCAAAGGAAACUAGCAAGAAGAAGCCAACACGUGGCACUCCUGUGCUUUUUCUGGUCAAGGAUCCUGGCUACCGUCUACAGUCGGUGCCUUGUACCACCCAAAGCAAGGGACACAAGAAGCCGCUCCAGCCGUUGUCUCAUCUUCCAUCGAAAGUGCCCCAGCAGAGAGAAGUCAGAGCGCAGAUGCCGACCAAAAUUCUGCCUCGAUACGUGGCCACCGGCUCGAUGCCAACCGACUCGAGGCUGGCCAGGUUGGGAGUCGACUUCUUCCACCAUUUGGGGCAGCGCAAGGCCACGGACCCUGAGGAGAGGUCCGGGAAGCCACCGAUGCGUCUCGCUGCCGGCGGAUGGAGCGCCGGUGUCACCAUGAAUCCAGAUGCCGCCAACACAGAGGUGCCGCUGACCCAUCGACUGCCCAUCAUUGACUUCAUCUCCACAAACGAGUUCGAAAGAAUGUGCGCCAAGUCCCAAACGACAGGAACUACUUCUCUCUGUGCCUCUCAACAGAGGAUGUAG